CGGUUCUCAUCCACCCCGAGCUCCCCCAACGCGUUUUACCACAGACCAAUAAGUGGCCAAUCCCUCGCUGCCCCCACACUCCAGAAGUCCAGACCAAAGCUCUAAAGUCCAAUCCCUCGCUAGCCACUUGCCAUCUGAUCAACCAGCCAGCCGAUCUCAGCGAUCCGCCAUGGCCACCGCGUAUUACGAGAGGCCCCGUGGCGGCGCCGUCGAGGAGGCGGACGACUUCGAUGAGUUCGACCCCACGCCGUACGGCGGUGGGUACGACCUCGCCGUCACCUUCGGUCGCCCGCUGCCACCGUCCGAGGAAACCUGCUACCCGUGCUCGGCGCCCUCGACCUCCUACGACGCACCGCACUACGCCGCCUCCGAGCCGUCCCCCUACGGUCACCACGCCAAGCCAAAGCCCAACUAUGGGUUCCGCCCCCAGCAGGAGCAACAGCCGUCUUACGGCAGCGGCUACGGAUCCAGGCCCGAGCCCGCUGCGGAGGAGGGCGGUGGCUAUGGAUCUGGCUUCGGAUCCGGGUAUGGGAGGAAGAAGCAGGAGGAGGAGAGCUACGGCUCUGGAUAUGGGAGGAAACCGCAGGCGGAGGAGAGCUACGGGUCCGGCGGGUACGGCUCUGGCUACGGCGGUCAGACCCGGCCGGAGGAGAGCUAUGGGUCAGCAGGGUAUGGAUCUGCCAAUCCGCAGGCUGAGACAUACGGCUCUGGCUACGGGAGGAAGCCACAGGUAGAGGAGAGCUACGGAUCGGAGUAUGGGUCUGGGUUCGGGAGGAAGCCGCAGAUUGAGGAGAGCUAUGGAUCGGGGUACGGGAGGACGCCGCAGGUUGAGGAGAGCUAUGGAUCUGGUUACGGGAGGAAGCCUCAGGUUGAGGAGAGCUAUGGAUCUGGGUACGGCAGCAGGCCGCAGGGUGGGGAGGAGUAUGGCAGUGGUGGUGGUGGGUAUGGGAGGAAGGCACAGGAGGAGACCUAUGGCUCCUCGGGGUAUGGCUAUGGCAGGAAGAACGAGGAGCAGAGCUAUGGUGGUUCUGGCUAUGGUUAUGAGAAGAAGGCAUCUGAGGAGGACGAAGGUGCCUUUGGCUCUGGUGGUUACCGGAAGCCAAAACCCUAUGACGAGGAGACACAGGGUUCAUACGGUUAUGGAGAGGAGCAGCCCAAGUAUCAGAGUGGCGGGUAUGAGAGGCCGAGCUAUGGUGGGGGAGAGGGGUACUAUGGCCGCAAGAAAGAUGAUGACGACUCGGAUGAUGAGAAGAAGCGGCGUCAUUCUAAGCACCACCACCAUGGCCACCACUACGAUGACUAAGCACCAGUGCCUUCUGCUGGGCGUUGCCCUGGUUCACCGCUACUGCUACUAUAUCCAUUCGCUUGCAUAAAUAAAGACGGCUGUGUACCUUCUGGACACUGGACCACCGUUGCGACGUUGCCUCUGCAUUGUUACAGCCGAGCCGUGAGUGUGCUGUUUAUUAUCUAAUGUUCAAAUCGUUGUGAUGAACCACCGUCCACGCCUGUUGAUGCCGAACCGAAUGUCUGGAUUUACUUUGCGCCUGUUCUUGUGGUGUU